AUGAGUGGUUCUUCUGAAGAAUAUCCGCGCGAAGCGCAUUCCAGAUGCCGUCUAUGUAGUACCUGCAAGAGACUAGAUUUCGAAGUCCUGCUUUCCGAUGAGAUCAGCCAACAUGGUAUUGGGAAGAUUUCGGAGUACAAUGACCCAGAUUGUCCAUUCUGUGGCCUCAUAUCCGAGGCGGUUGAUCGUGCCUGGGGAACAUCUGACAGGAAGUUAGCAGAAGGAUGCGAGCUCUUCAUCCAAAGCAGGAGCCCUUUAUCCAUUCAGGAAAAUGGCAGCACUUAUCAUCCCCAGCCAAGGUUAUUACUGGCCACUGACCAGGAACCUCCAAAGUUCCACCACAACCAAAUGCCGUUAAGACGAGUUGAUAGGGAAAAGAGGGGAUAUAUCAUCGCAGAGAUCGAAUCUAUCCCCGAUGCAAAGUCAGUACUGAAUUACCUUCCGCGUCGAGAGAUAGGAAAGGAAAUUGAUAUCACGCUUGUGAAUGACUGGCUCGAAGAAUGUCAGGGGCACCAACAUUCCAGGCUAUCCAAAGAACAAGACCUUGGCAAUGACCUCUUUCAACCUCAUGCGCCAUUUCGACUUAUUGACGUGGAUAGGAAUUGCAUAGUAGAGAAAGAUGAAAGAUGCGACUAUGUUGCUUUAUCAUACGUUUGGGGCACGACUCCGACCAUCAGCGAUUCUCCCGACAAGUACCAGAGUUUGGCCCCAAUCCUCCUGGCACUUAGAAGCAACAUAGAAUAUAUGAAAGCUAACAAUAUACUAUCCGAGUUGAAGACCGAAGCACAACUAAAGGCUCGGGUUCCGCAGACAGUCAGAGAUGCUAUGGAAUUCACACGACGAAUCGGGAAGAGAUACCUGUGGGUUGAUACCUUAUGCAUCAUCCAGGAUGAUCGUAAGGGUAGAGGCCAACUUAUCGCACGAAUGGCCGAUAUAUAUAACUCCGCGGCCAUAACAAUAAUAGCUGCAGUGGGUUGUAACGCGGACGCUGGCCUAAGCGGCAUCAGUCCUCGGACAGGCAACCCUAUCAAACCGGUUAGAAUGACGACUUCUGGCGGAACGGUAUUUCAUCUCUCGGUUUGCCUAUCAUCACUUUGCGAGGAGGUUCGAAGGGAAACCUGGAAUACGCGCGGGUGGACAUUCCAGGAGCAGUCACUUUCGCAGCGCUGCUUGUACUUCACCAGAAACGAAGUCUUUUUCAACUGUGGAGAAUGCCAGCGGAGAGAGGGCUACGACUAUGCAAUGGAAAGGAGAGUGAAGAGAGAGAUUGAAAUUGAUAUUAGGACAGGACCUCCGUGGUGGAAAAGAAAUAUUCGACGUGAUCUCGAUCCAACACCGUAUCAUUAUUUAGGAGGUAUGAGCGGCAGGGAGCUAGAUGCUCAAACCUACCAGACAGCCGUGCAAGAAUAUAGCCGGAGGAAUCUGACGCACUCCCACGAUAUAUUCAACGCUUUUGAAGGAAUUUUCAACAGGUCGGAGAUUACCAGAAAUACCUCUUCGGAAAAGUUGAGCAUCCGUCAGGCACAGGCUAUCCCUUCUCACCUGCUCUACCGGGCGCUACUUUGGUUUCCAUUACCUAAAGCAAAGAGGCGAGACCCAUGCAUAACGACAGGACCAAUGCAAGGGUCGACCGAAAAGCUCUCGUCGUGGUCGUGGGUUUCGUGGGAUGACCCCGUCGAGUUCGUCUUCGCAGAUAAUCUCUGGCUACCUAGAAAAAUAUCACAGGCUCCUGUCAAGCGGGUGCCUUUGCAUGUUCCAAUUGUACGUUGGUAUUAUGGGGGCUCAAAAGGUAAGCAUUGGACCACCGAUAUUUGGAAAACCGUUUGCGAAGCUCAAGACUGCGACUCGACUAGCGAGCAUGCUUCUGGGGAAAUUGAUCGUACCAGAGACUACCUCCACUCCCGUGUUGGUAUAGAUGUCAAGACAUUGAUAGACGGGUCAUCAGGAAAAAGAAUAAAGUUAUUUUAUAGGCUGGGUUGUGGCGAGCUCGGAUUUUUCGCGCCAUAUGUAAAGGCUCGACAGUUUCAUAUGACGAUCGACUCAGGCAGCCAAGUUGGAAAAUUAGAUGUAUCCGGUCAUCUAGGAGAGUUCAGAUUCGACGAAGGAGACAAGAGGGACGGGAUAGUAGACGAGCUUGUACCCAUAGUUGCUGCUAAUGUUACUAGAAGCACGGAUGCGCAAUCCAUCUUCUUGGGUUUAACCACCCGCAUGGGCGUUUCGAAGAGGGUAGGAAUUGGGUCCGAGUAG